AUGGCUUCGAAACGUUGCACAGAUCCUGCCGGAAAUGCUCAAGGAGUUGCCCACUGGCAUUCAUUGUCGGGAAUUCGGUUACUGAUGCUUCCGUUUGUCCUCGGAUGGUGCAGCACGUUUGCUCACAGUGCGAUGGAGGAGAUGAUGAUAGCACCCAUAGAGGUAAUCGAGGAAUGGGGCUGCUACAACACCGAAAUACGGCUCACGUGUGGAAAUCUCGAGUCGAAAAUAGCGAUCCUUGAGGCACGGUUCACUCCUCGAUGCAUGGAACAGCGUACCGAGAACUGCGUCUACAUGGACGAGCACAGCAUUGCCCAUCCGUUCGCUUCGCAGAAGGUAGACAAGCUGAUCCUGGAGGAAACGGAAGCCGGAAGGCGCUUCCUGGCCACACUGCGGCGCAACCACGAACGAGAGCUGGAAGCGUCCGAUGGACCGGGAGCGCGGGAACUAACGGCGGACGGUGCGCAUCGGCGCGAGGGCACCACGAUUGUGGCCGCCCGUUCGCUGGCCAAAGACAAGCGCAGCUCACUGCGGGCUACGCUCGAGCACCUGAUAGUGCGCUAUCUUCGCCGGCUAACGAGUGACGACGAUGCCGACGGUGACGAUGGGGACGAGCCCGGUGGAUACGAAGUUGCCGCACGCUACCGAAGACAAUCGCUUCCGGCGACUGACUCCGACGGUGUGAGUACCUCGGUACCGGACGCGAGCACCGCUUCGAACCCACCGGCAACGGGAUUCUCCAACUCGAUGGAAAUUACACUGCUCACCAACGAUACCGACACGAACCUCACCGACUCGUGGGAAGAUGAACGGGAGCAGUGGGGUGAGGACCGUGCGGCCAACAACCAACAGCCACCGGACAGCUCCCUGACAGCUGGAACCGGUGCUAUGGAGCCGCGAGCGCUCGGUACGGAUGCUGCAGAAGGAUAUGGAUCCACCGGUCCGCUUGUUUCGGGGUUGAUGGGCACGAAGGAAGUGACGGGCGAUGCGAGUGUUAGUGUGGUUCGGGACGCCAGUGAUGAUCGUCCGGCUAGUGGUGAUAGUGCUACCGGUGCUAAUGGGGAUAGUGUGUUUCGCGAUAAUGGCGAUGAGGUGGAAUAUAAUCUCCCGAUCGGGAGUGUGCCAUCUGGUGCGAAGGAAGCCGACGGCCGGCUGGGUGAGUUGAGGCAGCAGAGAAAACAACAGAAACCAAAACCGACCGAACGGCACGGUGAGUGUGACAGUGUGCGGAAGCGGGUAUCGCAGCUGGAUCGUUUCGAGCUGGAGCGGUCGAUGCGAAAUGGCUCCUUCCGGGAGUACAACAUCCGGAAUGCACUCAACUACCGGUGCUCCGGGAAGAACCACUGCAGCUUCAUCUUCUCACAGGAUCACCCGUUCGCCGUCGUCUGGAAGGAAGGCACGGUGCGCAUCAAGUACAUCUGCAUGGACGACUUCCGUAUCAGCAAGUACUGCGGCGAGCAUCUGAUCGUUGGCAAUGAGGUCCACUGGGAACCGCUGGACGGUGACACCGACGAGGACUCGACCGAUGGUGACGACGAGAGCUACCAUCCUGCAUACGGUACCGGGACGGAGACGGCCGGAAGUUCGGGAACCGCCUGGCGGCAACAAACACCGAACGAACCAACGACCGAUGGUAUCGCUAAUGGAUCCGCUAAUGAUGUGCCCGGCUCCGACGAACAACCUGCCGCAGCACCGGAUCCCAACGAGGGUGGCGAAGAUUUGCGGGACGAAUCUUUGGUGACGCUCCAAGAACGCCAUUAUGCUGCCGGUGGAUCUGCCUCCCCGUAUCGUCGAUUGGUCCGGGCCGGUGCGGGUGAACCACGUGCCGAAGCGCUACAGGCGGCCACAGUUCAUUCGUUUCACAACUUGAAAAUUCUCAAACCCGUCGACGACGAUGAGGAGGAGGAGGAGGGGGCAAUGCACGAACAGCACCAGCAACAAAAGCAUCCGCAGCAGCAUCAGCACCACCAGCAGCAGCACAACGAUACGGAUAUGGAUCGCAAUCAGCAGGAGGCCGAGGUGGCAACCCGCAGUCGGAACCGCCAACGGCAGAAAGUUUUCUCCCAGGACUUUCGCGUACUGAAAAUUCUACCCUCCAAUCUGGACGUGGUGGAGGACAUCAAGCAGAUCGGCAAUGAGUACUACUUCAAGAAGGACGUCGAGGUCGUGGCCGACGAUAGGGAAAAUGAAAUUGUCGAUAGCGCGGGCGGAAGGAAGGAUCAACCGGUAGUGAACUCCACGACCACUGGUAACGGUGACACCACCAGCAAUAUGACGGAGACGCUAGACAUUGUCGUGUUGCCUGCACCAACGAAGGACAUUGAAAUUUACGACAACGAGCUCAUGCCAGAUGAAGCGGCUAGUUCACGGCCGGAUGAUGAUAUCAGUGUAAUUGGUUUGAUAACGCCACCACGAACCGUGGUCACCUCGUCGAUGACAACUGCAUCCGGCGAGGCUACGAGAUUGGCCGCUAGCAGUACACCUUUACCGCCUACCGGUGCGGUGAGCGUCGAAACGACACUCGGACAUUGGGACGUGGAUCGGCUGGAUCUUCCCGAACCGGCGGAAGACCCAGUACAGCUGUCGAGUGAAAACCGGACUAGCUUUGCCGUGGACGAAAGUACACCACCGUUCAGCUUCAACAAUCGAACAUUCCAAACAAUGCAGGAAACGGUACGGAAAGAGUUCGACGAAAGUCAGGGUCCCUACCCACCGCUCGGUGGGUAUGACGACGGCGAGGAUGAGGAUUUCGAGGAUGAAGAUGAUGGCGACGAGGAAGAUCGGGGUGAACAGUACGGCAGGAGUGGAACACGUCGAUUUAAUCCAAACGGUGGACGGCUCGGCAAGUCCCACAAAAAGCACAUGAGUGUGCAGCGGACAUUACUGAAGCAUCCUCUCCGGCAAGGGUUUCUCAUGACGCCCAGCUAUCCGAAGUAUUACAUCGGAGAUAGUACCUGCCGGUGGACACUCUACGCUGGAGUGCAUCAAAGGAUUAAGCUUACCGUGCUGGACCUAGCGUUACGCUAUGACGACGAGUGUCGAGAUUAUCUGCAAGUGGUCGAUCUUAACACGAACCAGACGCUUUUUCACAGCUGCACCGAAAGCAGCCGUCCGAUCGAGAUCGUCAGCAUACAGGAACGCCUUGAGGUUUCUGUGAGGACGACAACCAAAGUUAUCUAUCCCAAACGCGGUGUGCUAGUCCAUUAUACAGCAUUAGGCUGCGAAUUGCCAUCACCAACGCCCGGGCACAUGCGGCUGGUGCGAAGAACUGAACAUCGCGUGAAGUACGUCUGUGAUCCAUUGCACGUGUUUCCGGAUACCGGUGAAAGUGUUCGGGAGCUAAUCUGCACGGCGAAACAUACCUGGAAUCGUCCACUUCCGGCCUGCAUAGAAAAAAGAGCUACCGAAGGGAGCGGUCUUGUGUCGCAUUACGAACAGAAGCGAAGAUACAGCGAUAGUGACAACAUGUCGGAUAAGCAGGCGGACACUGUUUACGAUAUUCUCAUUCCCUCGCUCAUCAUAGCGGGACUAUUUGUUGUUAAUGGCAUCGUGUUUGCGGUCAUCAUGCGAUAUCGCAACAAGAGAAAGCAACGCCUUGAUCUAGAGAGUAAGGAACUGGCUGAACUGUAAAAGUGUUAACCAUCCGCCUCCUGUGCCCCACCCAGCUCAUCAUCUCCAUAAGCAACGCAUCCUUUCCUUAUACGAUGGGAAACCCCCCCGAAUGUGUUCAGCUGGGAGGCAUACGCAUGGAAGUUUGCAUUGUUCCGCAUGCGUGGGCGCGUGUAGUAAGCUGCUACGCGACACAGCGCAUACUCGAUGCACUCUACUAAUCAUCACAUUCAAUCUUUCCACAACAUCACGCCAUCUAUUACGAGAGUUAGGUUUCCUUCUUUUUCAUUCAGGGGGCGACAAAAAAGUUUUGGUUUUGUCCAUUGUGUUACAAAGUUUCGUUUUACGUGUUUUGAGUGCGUAUGUUGGAAGAAGCAAAAGAAUAAAGUGUAAUGUGUUUAUUUGUUACACUCUGUUCAGCAUGGCAGUGAACCUGAGCCGCAGUGAAUCGGGUGUGUUCCCUACGGAUAUGGCGCUGAACACAACGACCCUAGAAACUGGAAUUGUUGAUAAUGUGCAAAAGAAAACAUCAAUCCAUUUACGCGAUUUAGCGUAUAUGAAGCGGCAAGACAUCCCUGUGGUGUUGGUGUUUACAAAUGAUAAAUUCGUCUCAAGCUUGCAUAAGAAUACAACCAACACAUCACAGAUCAAUCCAGGAAAAGCCGAAGCCGAACAAAGAAAUGAACAAAAGCAGUUUGCUGUAGACAUUACCUUGAUAUGGCGCCGUUUAACAAUUGUGCACUAAACCAAACACACAAAAAAAUAAACCUUUUACUGCACGCUUUUACAAGCUUUUUUCCGAGACCGUUUAUACUCAUGUUAUGGAGCGCGAAAGGUAAAAGGAAAGGCAGUUUAAGGCAGCGCGGAGAGAGGCAAGCGAAAAGUUGCACAAUUCCGGACAUAAUUGUACAGAGAUAUUGGCAGUGAGCCGGCGUGGGAUAGAUGACAGAAUAGGAAUUAGCUUAAAAUGGGAUGAAUUAUUGAUUGCAGAGCAGCAGCACACCGAACAAAGAGAAGAACAAAAAAGGAGAAGCUAACCGAUGCAAGACUGUUAAUGGAUGUGGAUUUGUGAGUAGAAGCAUGAAGUAUAAGAAAAUUUAGCAUGUAUGUCGCUUUUUUGCUGACACCAAACGUGGGAUGAGGAUUAUUUGGCCACUGGAACAUGUGAAGAUUACAAAGAAACAGGUUGCUAUUGCUUGAGAA